AUGUCACUAAUCAAUCUGCCUCUUGAAAUCCGCCUGCUUGUCUACGACUUCCUGCUCUACGACGCAUUGUCCGACAACAUUUGCAUCAUCUACCGUGGGUGCAAGAGGGAGUCCGACAAUCAGAUCUUCUUCGAAACCUUCAGAGCCAGGAAAAACAUCCCUUUUCACGCAAUGAUCAAACCACAAAUCUGGCACAUCGAUAUCUGUAACCUUCUCAACCUUGCUGCUACCUGUCACCAACUCCGAUCAGAGCUCUUAUUUCUCGCUUGGUCGAACGCGGAUAUCUGCAUCAACUUGAAGAACAAAGAGCCAGAAACACUCAUGGGAUAUGCGGAAUUCAUCUUCAACAAUCGCCUCUCCAAGAUCUGUUGCGACUUCAUUCGUACCCUGCAAAUCAAUGUACUCGAGGUCACCUGGGAGCCACGUCACACAAGAGCAAUAGCUGAGAUAAUCCACCGCUGCCUUCCACGACUUGGGAAGCUGACAGUGCACGUCAUCCGUGAAUGGAACAGUGUUGAUUCAGAUCGCCCACAAAAAGCUUUGUGUGCCCUUGGUACCUUGGAGCCUCGUAUCGCCGUUGAACUUCGAACUGAAUUCAUUCGACCAUUCCUCUUCAUGAGCGUUGGUCAACAACUCAGUGAUACUCAGAUUCGAGCUAGGCAACAGAAAAGAGCUAGGGCAGAUGCUGCACAUCUGGAGGCCAUCCGUUCAGUGGGUCAGAGGCGUAGGCGUACGAAGAUGGCGAGGGAGCAGAAGGACGAGGUUCUCGACAUCCUGCAAGAUACGGUCGACAUCCGUUCACAGAGUAUGAGCAGUAAAAGGUCGGAAACCGAUUUACAACAGCAACAUUGA